CGUAUUUGCGGGCUUAAUAAUACACACUGGCUCAGUCACUCAGAGUUGUCACCCUGGGAUUUCGCUGCUCCUUGCAGUCUUUCUGAAAGACUCUCCGAUCCAUCUGCUGCCAGAAUAUAGUCGUCUAUAUAGCCCUACCUUUGUUUGGGCACUCAAGCGCGGUCCAGCCCCUCGGGGCACUACGCAGAAGCACACCCUGCGCAAGCGGCGCCGGUCAUCGGCUCACCUGACGGAGCAAUUAUGAACUAAAACGUAUCUCAGCUCAACAGCUCAGGAGGAGCAGUCGAGCAAAAGAUUGCAAUGGCGAGGGCUGGAGCUCAGUUCUCAGAGGCUUUCCCCAGCCUGAGCGGAGGCCUGGGGCUAGCACCCGAUGGACUACGACAGUUCGCAGGCGAGCUCGACAAAAUCGUGGGCGGAGCUAGAGCUUCAAACGAACGGGACUCGGCGACGUCGUCGGCAACUUAUAAUAGCCGCUUCCAGUUCUUCAACAACAAGCGGACCAACACUCUAUCGGAGCAGUCGUCCACCUCCGAUUUGGCCACGCGCGAGGACUCCUUGGUGAAGGCCUGGAAGACGGUGAGCGAGAUCGACGCUCUGCUGGGGUCGGACUUCCGGCCCUCCACGCUGCCCACCUGCGAUGAGGACCGGCCCAGCGGCCCUCUGGACGACACGUAUGUCAAGCGCCUCAACACGGAGCUGGAGGCGGCGCUGAACGUGUCGCUCACCUUCAAAGAGCGCCUCCGCGAUUCGCUGCGAUCCGCCAGCGGCCGCAGGCUGGCGGGCGGCGCCGCCGGCUCCUCCGCCGCCAGCAGCAUCAAGUCAGUGGACAGCGCCGUAAUGGGCGUUACGUCCGGCGGCGCGGCGGGCAUGGCGGCGGCGGCGGCCGCCGCCGCGGCGGCGGCGGGAGCGGGGGGAGGAGGCGGGGCGGGGCCGGGGAGCGACCUGACGUUUGUGACGUCGCCUUCUGGUCACGACAGCGGCGGUGGUGGCGGCGGCGGCGGCAUGCCUACCGGGCGCGGGGUGCUUCUGCACUCGGGUCUGCACCGCCACUACGACCCCACCAACCCCAGCCUCGGGCAGCACCACUCGCCCCCCACCUCCCAAUACGCGGCCACCACGCCCACCGCCGCCUCCGCGCCCAACACGCGCCUGACGGCAUCCUCCAGCGUCAGCAGCGCCGCCGCGCACAUGGUUGCUACAGCCUCCUCGGGUCUGGCCUCCGGCGCCACGUCGGCAGUAGCAGCCGUCACGGCGGCACUGGCGGGCGCGGCUCUGGACGGCAGCCCGCCGCCGGCAUUGGCUCUGCCGUCGCCUUCGGGGGCGGGCGCAGGCGGCGGUGGCGGCGGCGGCGCGGGCGGUUGGGCGGAGAUGGGCCCCAAUAGCCGGGGGGCGAUGGACCGGCCGCCGUCGCGUGGCGGCAUGCUCGACAUUGGGGCCGUGGCGACUAGAGGCUCUCGGAGGAUGUCGGGUCAAGGCAUGGAGCAGCAGCAGCAGCAGCAGCAGCAGCAACAGCAACAACAACAGCAACAACAGCAGUACCAACAGCAACAACAGCAGUACCAACAGCAGCAACAGCAGCAGCAGCAGCAGCAACAGCAGCAGCAACAACAGCAGCAACAACAGCAGCAGCAGCAGCAACAGCGGUGGUCGGCGCCGCCGAGUGCGGAGUCGACGCCGCAGCAGCGCUCUUCGGGGCCGCCCAGCAAUGAGUCCACGCCGCAGCAGCGCGUGUCGGGGCCGGGCGCGGAGGGGCAGCGCUCGCCGCCCGCCGGGGGUGGCGAGUCGCCGCAGCCGCGCAGGGCCUCGGGGACCGGCCUAGUGGAGCCGGGGACAGGGCUGCCGGGGACAGGCACGAGCUUGUUGGCGGGAGCGGGGCAGGGGCCGCACACGGCGGCUGGGAUGGCGGCCGCGGCGGUCGGCGAGGGCCGCGGGCCGGGGCCCUGCAGCCUUCCGUCGCCGCCGCUGCUGCGGCGCGGCGUGUCCAUCGCGCCCUCCUCCUCUUCCGCCGCCGUCGCCGCGGCGCACCUGCCCUCGCCGCGCUCUGCACACGUGAUCGUGGGCGCCACCGGCGGCGGCGGGCACGCCUCCAGGGAAAGCUCCGCGCACAGCGGCAACCAGCAUCACACCAACGCCAACCAUAGCAAUCUGGGACCGCUGGAUCGCGAGCGGGAACGCGAACGCGGCGACCGGGAAAGGGAGCGGGAAAGAGAGCGGGAAAGGGAGAAGGCGAGGGAGCGGGAGCGGCCGCCGCCGACAAGCAGCGCGCCGCAGCCGCACAUUGCCUCGAUCCUGAACCACAACCACACGGGCCCUUCAACCACACAAGCACCGCCAGCAACGACGGGCGGCGUGUCCUCCGUCGCCGCCGCCGCCGCGGCCGCCGCAGCCGCCGCGGCUGCAGCCGCCGCCGCGACGUCGGUUCCGCCACCAGCUGCAGCGGCCGCUGCGGUGGCCGCCGCGCAAGCACCACAGCCCGCGCCGGCUCCGGCUCCGGCUCCGGCUCCCACACACCCCACACCCACAGCGCCUGCGCCAGCACCCCCCGCAGCCGCAGCCGCCCAAGCCGCCGCAGCCGCCCAACCCGCGCCCGCACCCGCGCCGGUCCCCAUCGCCAAACGGCUGGGUCUCAAUCUUGGCCUUAACCUCGGCGGCGGCGGCGGGGCGGGCGGCGGCGGCGGCAUGCGCAUCGCGGUGGGCAGCCAGCUAGACCACGGCAUGUGGGACAGCGACGGCGGCUGGCGGCCUGCCGACCCCAUCCACGACGUCCACAUCCCUGCCAACCUGCAGCGCAUACCCGCAGACGACAUUGUCAAGGUGCGGGAGCUGGGCCGCGGCUGCUUCGGCAGCGUGUGGCUGGCCCGGUGGCGUGGCGUGGAGGUGGCACUCAAGGAGCUGCUCAACUCGGGAGCCACGGACACGCCGCCUAGCGAGGUGUUCUCCGAGGCGGAGCGCCUGGCCUCGCUUCGCCACCCCUGCAUCAUCGCCUUCUACGGCAUCAUCACAGCGCCCGGCUCCUACGCCACAGUGGUGGAGUUCCUGCGCAUGGGCAGCCUGAAGAGCGGCCUGACGCGGCUGCGCAAGCAGGGCGCAGACAUCAGCCGCAGGCUGAGGGUGGCCAUCGCGCUGCAGGCUGCUCGCGGCAUGGAGUACCUGCACGGCCAGUUCGUGGUGCACUUCGACCUCAAGUGCGACAACCUCCUGUGCGACCUGCGCGACCCCAGCAGGCCCACCGUCAAGAUCGGCGACCUGGGGCUGUCCAAGAAGAAGAAGGACAGCUUCGUAAGCGGCAACAUGCGCGGCACACUGCCGUGGAUGGCUCCCGAGCUGUUCCCUGGUGUUCGUGAGAAGGCGCGCAAGGAGCAGCAGGCCGGUGGGCCCGACACCGAGCUGGCUGACGACCGCGUGAACGAAAAGGUGGACGUGUUUUCCUUCGGCAUCGUGCUGUGGGAGAUCUGGUGCCUUGGUGAGCAGCCCUACAACAACAUCUCGCUGGCGGACAUAUUCGCCGGCGUCAUGACGGGAACCCUGCGGCCGGGCGUGCCGGCGGACUGCGACCCGGACUGGGCGUCGCUCAUGCAGGCCUGCUGGCACGGCACGCCGCGCGCGCGGCCCAGCUUCAGCGAGAUCGCGGACCGGCUCGAUGCGCUGUUGCAGAAGCUGUCAAUGAUGGAGAGCUCGCAGCAGGGCGGCUCGUCGGCGGCCGGUGGCGGCCACCACCGCGCGAGCAGUGCCGCGGCAGCAGCAAACGGCCCGUCGGCAGCGGCGGCCGGGCGCGGCGGCUCUUGAGCCGCGCAGCUACGGGACUGGCUUUCCAGCAAAUGAAAAGGGUGGCCGGUUUGGGGUGUCAACCUGGGGUGCCCAGACGCAGUAUGUCACCACGCCUCGGUAACGUGCGUGGCUGACAGGCAGUUACGGGAAUGUAUGGAGCCAAGCAUGUUUCGCAAUGGCGCGCUGUUCGUGAGUCCUCGAAGAUUCAUCCGCGUCUUAGCUGUGGGCGCGGGGGUCGUUGUGUGUGUUGGGGCAAGCAGGACUGGGAAUGGGCCGCGGGUGAAGACGUGAGAGUUUGCAGGUGCAGUCCUAGGCGAUGUGGGACCCAGUUCAGUCCAGAGCACUGAGGUAAUGCACGACGUUUUGCUGGAGUUCAAGAUGCUGUGCGGGGCUUUUGCGGGCGCCGAAAUGAUAAACCAAACGCCAGUAACAGAGUCAGUGACCUUAAGGUGCAGCAUUGCAGGAUAAACUGCGGCGGCUGAUGGUGUACUUGUGAUCUUGUGUGGUGAAAGCUAUGAGAUUCUUUCUUAUGCGUCGUAGGGUUAUGCAUUGGUAGGCUGCAUCAGAUGACUGAUUGUGUGACGAUUUGCCCGCUUGUGGCCCCGCGAACUCCGAGAUUUAAGUGGCGCUAGUAGCAGUGCACCGGACGUCCUAGAUCCUAGAUACAGCGAUGUCGUUCGUGGGGCGUGUCCAGUGGCAGGGCGGCUCGGGCUGUGCCGCAAUCGCUUGUGUGGGCAGACGUAGCCGGACUGGAUAAGAGAAUGACGUGCCGCAUGAGGGCUGGCGUUUGCAGCUGGUGUGGCGUGAAUGCCUGCGCGGGGGCACAUACGCAAGCUCCUGAGGAGCAGGCCGCAGGACCUUGAAGCAAAGGUGGGUCGAUGAUGCUGGAGGUAAGAGACAAGGCACUGGGACGACUCGGUAGACCGUACCAUAAUGUUCAUUGAGCGGUGCGCGGUGGGGUGACGAGGCUGUGAUUGGGCGGUACGAGGCGUUGGGCAGUGGGCACGUGCGCUGCAUAGUAGGCAGGAAACUGCGCAAUACGAUAUUGUGUCCAUGUGGUUGGUGAAGGGGGCUGCUACGGAUUACGGUACAUGAGGGGAUCUGUGGUGGCUGCUCCGAGCGGCGUGAGCCGCUGCGAAGUCAUCCCCGCUGUAAAUGAUGCAUACGCGGCGUGGGUACGGAGGAGGGUAGGAAAUCCGAAAAGUUGCCGGUGGCCUCUGGUUGUAAGGGUGAGCCGGG